AUGCCUUCCCAAAUCUUCGUCACCGAGCCUCACCCUACCGUGGCACCAAACACCUACAUCUACUCCGGCCGCGGCGGCUUCGGCAACAUUCGCAAGGCGCCCCAGGUCCUCACCCCGGCCACCGGCAUCACCACGCCCCUCAAGCCCGCCGGCAACGGAGACGCAACCCGCCGCUUCUACUCUGGCAUCGGCGGCGCCGGCAACCGCCACGAGGCCUCUGAGUGUCUCGUCCGCACCUUUGACGAGGACUUUGACCGCCAGGAGGUUCGCGACCGCGCCGCCGUCGGCCACGUCGGUAUCGGCGGCGCCGGCAACGUCACCCGCCGGGUCUCGGACGCUUCCUCCGUCCACAGCGGCGCCUCCGAUGAGUCUGCGUCUACUUCGUCGCUCAAGUCUCUCAAGAACCGCGGCGGCAACUUCUGGCGCCGGGUCACCAAGGCCAACUGA